UUCUGAGGGGAAGUUGCUCAACUCGGGAAAACACAAAACCGGUUACGCGCCGUCGCAGGUCCGCGUUUCUCCGAGAACAGGAGGAAGAUGAGCUCGCGCUAGUGUCGCGGCUCUCCGAGGACCAACUUGGAGUCGACAGUGAAUUUUGGACGCCAGGAUGAGCGACGCGGUCACUUCCGGGACAUACGUGCGUAAGUUGAGCUUGACUUUACGUCGCCGCUUGUCCGAGCUCCUGGACCCGCAGGACCGAUGGAGGGACGUGAUCACGUCCAUCAAGAGGCCCAACGGAGAGUUUCGGUACACGCAGCUCCACGUCAGAAAGUUCGAGAGUCUGGUGCUUCAGGGGAAGAGUCCCACCCAGGAGCUGCUGAACGACUGGGGGACGAGCAACUGCACGGUGGGGGAUCUGGUGCAGAUCCUGAGGAGCCGGCAGCUGCUGGCUGCUGCCAGUCUGCUGCUGCCAGAGGAGGAGCUGCCCACCCGGAUCCUGGGCUCCACUCCUCUCUCAGAUGGGCCCCGGCAGGAGCCCCCCAGACCCUCACCUGCCGUCACCUGUGCCCUCCAGACUCGGCAGGAGUCCAGGGAGCCGGUUCAGCCUGGGUUCUGCAGCUUCUCGUAUGAAGAGCUAAGGAGCAUGACGGGCAACUUCGACGACGCCUCGCUGGCGGAGGGCGGCAGUCGCCUGGGCGAGGGCGGCUUCGGGACGGUGUACAAAGGUCAGCUGAAGGACACGCCGGUGGCGGUGAAGAGGCUGAACGCCAUGGAAGACAUUUCUCUGGACGAGCUCCGGAUCCAGUUCAACCAGGAGAUCCAAACCCUGAAACUCCUGAAGCACGAGAACCUGGUGGACAUGGUGGGGUUCUCCUGCGACGGCGAGUUCCCCUGCCUGGUCUACGCCUUCAUGGCCAACGGCUCCGUCUUGGACCGGCUGGCUCGACUGGGUGGGAGUCCGCCGUUGUCAUGGCGACGGAGAUGCUCCAUCGCUGAGGGGACGGCUCGAGGACUGGAGUACCUGCACAGCAACCACCACGUGCACCGCGACGUCAAGAGCGCCAACAUCCUGCUGGAUCACACGUUUGUGGCCAAAAUCUCUGACUUCGGUCUGACACGAGCGUCCACGUCGUCCUGCACUGUGAUGACCGAGAGGAUCGUGGGCACCUGCGCCUACAUGGCGCCCGAGGCCCUGAGGGGGGAGAUCACCCCCAAAUCUGACCUCUUCAGUCUUGGAGUGGUGCUGCUGGAGCUGGUGUCCGGACUCCCUCCGGUGGAUGAAGCUCGCGAUCCUCAGUUCCUGGUGGACCUGAGGCACGACGUGGACGACGAAGACGAGAAGAUGACCUUGGAGGACUUGGUGGAUCGGGCCAUGGCUGACUGGAAGCUGGAGCAGGUGGAGAAGGUUUACACUCUUGCUGGCAAGUGUCUGCACGAGAGGAAGAAUCGGCGGCCACCGAUCCAGCAGGUUCUGUCGGAGCUCAGCGAGGUCGUCCGAGCCAUCGCAGACGUUCAGGAGUGAAGACUGCUACUGAGUGUGAAGCAGCUUGACAAGUCAGCCAGUUAGAAUAAUCCAUUUUUACUCAGCAGAUCCAGAAACUCAGCUUCAUCUCUCAUUGAAAAAGUGCCACCAAUAAAACCCUGUUUUUUUAGUACUAAUAAUCAAGAAAGAAGCGAUUUAAAUAUUUUUAUUCUUUAAAAGAUUCGUAAGAAAACAAACGUGUUUUUUCCUCACUUUGACACGAAAUGAAACGAAGGACUUUAACCUUCCAACAUGAGGUGAGUAAAGCCGAAUUAAUUCUUCUGUAGACCAGCAGGUGGCAGAUAUUCCCUUUUCGUCCACUCCACUUCCUGUCGGAGUGGCUUGUUGUCGGUGUUCCGGAAGCUUCCGCCUUGUUUCCCCACUCGGAGCUACAAUAACGUACGUUUACAGCACUUUGCAUAGAAAAAUAAGUUUCUCAGCAGAUGAUUUCCAUGUAAACCGCAUUUAGAAAAAGAAAUCAAAUAUAAAACGCUAAAAUGAAUCGACAGACUCGCGGAUCAGUUUUCCCGCCACAGACGGACAGAGUUAAGGAAUGCAGAAAAAUAAGAUCAGAAAGAAGACAGAACAUUUUGGCGCAAUUUCACAUCAUUGGCAAAAAAAAAAAUGUUAGAGCUAGUUGUUUUAACACUGGUCCACCUGCAGGUGGCGCCACAAGUUAUCAAUGGUUCAGUGUGAGUGACGAUAUUCUCAAGAGAAAUUCAAAAUUUUCGCUUUACAGUCUCGCUUGUGCACUUACUGACCAGAACCACUAGGUGGAGCGCUUGACACCCACGUGUCCCGUUAGUAAGGACGUGCCUCUCCUGGUUGGAUGCAGUGAUGUCAUGUGACGCUGAUGUUAGUGUGUGUGAGGCUUCAGGUCAA